GAUGCUGCUGCUUAUGUUCCUCAAAUGACUGAAAGAAGCUAAGGCGGGGGUGAGCCUUUGAUCUUGGGCAACAUCAGCAAGAAUCCGCUCUAUUUUCAAAUUGCUAAUAAAAGUAAUAUGGCAUUGAGAGGUUGCAAGGAAUUUUAUCUUCCCUCCCAUUGGUUCCCUGUAUUAUUUUGGUGUUGUGUUUAUUUUUCUUUCAUGAGAACAGGUGGGUUACCUUGAAAUAUGUUGUUGCGAAGCCUUGGCGCUUUCCUGCCUCACUCGCAAAGAGGCUGCUGAGGUGAGUCGCUUGUGCUGGUUGAACCUGAAGGAGAAAACAAACCACAGAGCUGAGGCGUCCCUCCGACAUUGCUGCUGAAAGGGAGAGAGGGGAAGGAUCCGUCCCUGUCAAGAGGAAAUGGAUGUGAGGCAAGAGGCAGGAGCUGCUGGGUUUUUGGAGCCAGAAAUAAAAAUGGAGGAGGAGGAGGAGGAUUCAGGAGGUCCUGAAGAAGGAGAGGUCAAAAAAGGAGCAGCUCUACUCAAAACCGCUGGGAGGAGCUGGGUGGACGCUGGUCACAAAGUGAAACAGGAACCGGAGGAAGAGAUGUCCGGGAAUUGGGAUGCUCGCUUGCAAGAGUUUCUGCAGAGGCUCCAGACUCCUCCUUCGGUCGGGGCAACCCCACAGCAGCCGGAGGAGAAGAAGCCGUGCCAUGACCCUCAAAGAUCCCUGGGGCUGUCCCAGGUCGGGAGCGAUGCCAACAAGGGGCCCGAAGGAUUGUGGGGCUCCCCAGAGCGUCUCCUUGGGGAGAUUGGACUGGACCCCAGCACCCCUCUAGCUCCCCCGCCGGUUGGGAAGGAAGAGGAAAGAGCUCCAGCGGGCAGUCCCGCCAAGGCCGAGAGGCAGCGCCAGCGUUUCCGCCGGUUGCGCUACGAAGAGGCCAGCGGGCCUCCCGAAGUGUGCCGGCAGCUGCAGGAAUGUUGCCGCGAAUGGCUGGAGCCUGAGAAUCACACCAAGGAGCAGAUCCUGGAGCGGGUGUCCCUGGAGCAGUUCUUGGCCAUCCUGCCCCGGGAGAUGCAGAGCUGGGUCAAGGAGAGAGGGGCCGAGACCUGCGCCCGGGCUGUGAGUCUGGCCGAGGAUUUCCUUCUGAGACAUCCAGAGGCUGAAAUCAGGGAACGGCAGCUCACAGGGUCGUCUGAAGAGCACCUUGCCAGUUCCCCCGAGGCAAGGGAGGCCGUGCCAGGCCAAGGAAAGCUGCGGCUUCCCACAGAGAGCGAACACGGGUGUAAAGGGAACGGAGCCCUGUUGGCAGGUGACGGGUGGCUCAGCGAGAGCAAGGAAACGAAACCCUUGGCGGGCAGUCCUGGGCAGAGGGAACGAGUCACCGCCUCCAUGAAAACAGGCCACGAGAGUGAUUCCCUGGGUCAGGGAGGAGCCGAGGAGAACCAGCAUUCAGCAGAGGGACCAAAUGGAGAUGAUGGAGCAACCGGACUGGAUCUGUUGUUUCAGCCACAAGGUGCCUGUGAAGAGAUCAUGAGGCCAGCAAACCAGGAGGAGGAGAAUGGGGUCAAGUAUGAUGACUGUGAGGAAGAACUUUCCCUUACUGUGCCCGAGGACCCCAAAAGAGAGGAGAAGCCGUUCAGGUGCUGGCACUGUGGCCAGAGUUUCAGCAGCAGCAUAAAACUUGUGACCCAUGAGAGAAGCCACGUGGGCGAAAAACUAUAUACCUGCUCCUGUUGUGGAGAAAGUGAGAGAACGCAUACAGGCCAGAAGCCGCAUAAAUGUUCACACUGUGGGAGUACCUUUGGCUGGAACCCACAGGAGAGAAUCCAGGGAGGAGAGAAACCUUAUACCUGCUCUGAAUGUGGGAAAAGCAGCAGCCAGAGAUCCGACCUUCUGAAACACCAGAGGACGCACACGGGUGAGAAACCUUAUAAAUGCUCUGUGUGCGGGAAGAAUUUUAGGAACGGCUCAGAUCUGAAAGUACACCAGAGGAUCCAUACAGGUGAAAAACCGUAUAAAUGCUUGGACUGUGGGAAGUGUUUCAGCAGGAGUUCCCACUUUAUAUCCCACGAGAGGAUCCACACAGAAGUGUGCUCGUACUGUGGGAAAAGCUUCAGCCAAAAGUCCGAGCUUAUCAAACACAAGAAGACCCAUUCAGGAGAAGAAACCUUCUCAUGUUUUGCUUGUGGUAAAACUUUUGCUGUCAGCACAGAACUGGUGAUGCAUGUGCGAACCCACAAAGAGAAGCCAUUUGAGUGCUCCGUCUGUGGGAAAACCUUCAGGAACAGUUUGCAACUCAUCGCGCACCAGAAAGUCCACACAGGGGAGAAACAGCAUAAAUGUUCCCAUUGUGGAAAUAGCUUUAGCCAGAGACAGACUCUCAUAGUUCAUGAGAGAAUCCAUACAGGAGAAAAACCACACAAGUGCUUGGUGUGUGGGAAGAAUUUCAGGAACAUCCCUAAUCUGAAAUCCCACGAGAGGACACAUACAGGAGAGAAGCCGUAUAAAUGCUCCCACUGUGAGAAAAGCUUCAGGUGGAGCUCCCACCUGGUGUUGCACGAGAGGAUUCACACCGGAGAGAAACCCUACAGGUGCUCAGACUGUGGGAGAACGUUUGAUAGGCGAUCCAAUCUCCUAGUGCAUGUGAGAAUCCACACAGGGCAGAGACCGUACAUCUGUUCAGCCUGUGGGAAAAGCUUCACCUCGAGCUCUGUUCUUCUACGACAUCAGAAAAUCCAUGAAGGGGAAGAAAUCUGUACUUGCUCACAAUGUGGGAAAACCUUCCGGCAGCGACUGGCUCGGGCGGACCAAGAUUUGAAAUGUUCUGAAUGCCUCAGAAGCCAUCACCUGAACUCGGAUCUCCUCACACACACACGGACGCUGGCUGCGGAGAAACGAUUUGAGUGCUCGGUCUGUGGGAAAACUUUUCGGAACAGCUCUCACCUCAUUACGCAUCAGAGUGUCCACAUGGGGGUUCAGCCGUACAGAUGUGUGGAUUGUGGGCGUAAUAUUGUGAGGAGGCCCAACCUCAUUCCAACGGCUAAUGACCCGGCAGGACCAAAGCCACACAAAUGUUCGGGCUGUCAGAAAAGGUUGAGUCAGAUCUCUGUUUCAUGAGGAUUUGGGACAUGUGUACCUAAAUUUCCUUCCAUUUCUGCUCUCACUGCUUCUGCUUAAAAAUUAAACCUACCUUCACUUGAUUGUGUUCUGCCAAAUGGUGGCUUAAAGAAAUGAUGUUCAAUCAGGAGAAAACCCACCUAUAUUUUAUAGAGUGUAGAAUUGUUUUCCCUAAUAAGCUUGCCCUUUAUCACACAUACAUCCUUAAAGAACUUGAUUUAAUUUAUGUUUUGAUUAUUGCAAUGAAAACAGUAGGUUACAAACUAGUUGGAUAGUUAUAAGCCCCAUAAUAAUAAUUGUGUGCCAUCGGGUCAAAUUCUGGAACCAGUUCAGAGGAAGGCAACAAGGAUGAUC